AUGGGCUUCUUGAUGCCAUUGACAAGUCGAAAGAGACAUCCAGAUGAGAAAAAGGCGAAAGCCAUGAUCUUUCUACUUCAUCACAUCCACGAUGGUUUAAAAGAUGAAUACAUCACUAAAGAAGAUCCUGCGGAUCUUUGGCAAUCUUUGAAAGAAAGAUUUGACCAUCAAAAAUAUAUAGAUUUGCCCAAAGCCAAAUACCAGUGGCUAUAUCUCCGGUUUCAGGACUAUAAAAGUGUUGUUGAAUAUAAUUCUGCUAUGUUCAGAAUAAUUUCCAAGAUGGUGCUAUGUGGAGAAAAUGUGAGCGAUUAUGAUAUGAUUGAAAAAACGCUCUCCACAUUUCACCCUGGAAAUAUAGUCCUGCAACAACAAUAUCGGGCAAAUGGCUAUACUCGUUAUUCAAAAUUGAUGGAUGUUCUCCUUGUUGCAGAACAGAAUAACGAGCUUGUGAUGAUGAACCAUCAGACUCGUCCCACUGGAGCUGCUCCAUUCCCAGAAGCGAAUGUAGCAUCGUCCAGCCAAAAUAAUGGACGAGGACGUGGACGUGGAUACGGUCGAAACCGAGGUCGUGGCCGUGGCCGUGGACGUGGUCGGGGACAAGGAAAAGAGUACCGUCCCGACGAGUCCAACAAUGAAAGGAAUAUAAAAGAUCUCGAGCAAAUGAUUACGGCCGAGAUUCUAAAAAGCAAAAAGAAAGUGUUUGCUACAGAUGCGGCAUGA